GCACAGUGGUGGGGUGGUUAGUGAAAAGGACGACCCGGAAGCGAUAGUGGGGAGAACUUCCGUUCUUUGUUCUAUCCAGGGAGUGUGGGUCUGAGACAGGGUCCGACAGGGCCUGGUGCGUGUCUGGUCCCCCAAAUCUCCCGUCUCUGCCCCCAGGGAGGUGUCUUAAAUUGUCUGAACGUUUGCUUCUCCAGUGCUUCCUCAUCCUCAUUCAAAACCUGCUUCCUGCCAAGUCCGCAGUCGGGAGGUCAGAGACCAGAACAUCUCACCCUACCCAUGGAAACUCAGACUGAUCAUAUAUCUCAGGAACCUCAGGCCCUGCUUGAGAGUGCCCUUCCUGCUUCAAAAGUUCCUGCCUUUUCCAACAAGGACAGUCUGGGGGACGAGAUGUUGGCAGCUGCUCUCCUGAAGGCCAAGUCCCAGAAGUUGGUGACAUUUGAGGAUGUAGCUGUCUACUUCAUCCGGAAGGAGUGGAAGCGAUUGGAACCUGCUCAGAGGGACCUGUACAGGGAUGUGAUGCUGGAGAACUAUGGGAAUGUGUUCUCGCUGGAUGGUGAAUCCAGGACUGAACGCGAUCAAGAAAUUUCGGAAGAUACAGGAUCAUGUGGGAUGCUAUUGGGAAGAUUCCAGAAGGAUAUUUCUCAGGGUCUUAAAUUUGAAGAAGCCUAUGAACAAGAAGUCAGUCUAAAGAGGCAGCUAGGGAACUCCUCUGGGAAAAGAUUGAAUAGGAAAAUACAAGAUUUCGGUCAGGUGACAGUUGAGGGAAAGCUCUCCCCCAUGGGAGAGAGAAAUGAGAAAUACAGUGAGUUUGGGAACAGCUUCACUGUGAGUUCCAACCUUAUUUCACAUCAGAGACUUCCUAUGGGAGACAGACCCCAUAAAUGUGAUGAAUGUAGCAAGAGCUUUAAUCGAACUUCAGACCUUAUCCAACAUCAGCGAAUCCACACAGGGGAAAAGCCCUAUGAAUGUAGUGAAUGUGGGAAGGCCUUCAGUCAGAGCUCACAUCUUAUUCAGCAUCAGAGAAUCCACACUGGGGAGAAACCUUAUGAAUGUAAUGAUUGCGGAAAGACCUUCAGUUGUAGCUCUGCUCUCAUUCUACAUCGGAGGAUCCACACUGGGGAGAAACCUUAUGAAUGUAACGAGUGUGGGAAAACCUUUAGCUGGAGUUCCACUCUUACUCACCACCAGAGAAUCCACACUGGUGAGAAACCCUAUGCUUGCAAUGAGUGUGGAAAGGCCUUCAGUAGGAGCUCCACCCUUAUUCAUCAUCAGAGAAUCCACACUGGAGAAAAGCCCUAUGAAUGUAAUGAGUGUGGGAAGGCCUUCAGCCAGAGCUCACAUCUCUAUCAGCACCAGAGAAUCCACACUGGAGAGAAGCCCUACGAAUGUAUGGAGUGCGGAGGAAAGUUUACCUAUAGUUCAGGCCUUAUUCAGCAUCAAAGAAUCCACACAGGGGAGAAUCCCUAUGAAUGUAGUGAGUGUGGAAAAGCCUUCAGGUAUAGUUCAGCUCUUGUUCGCCAUCAGAGGAUUCACACUGGAGAGAAGCCUUUGAAUGUAAUGGGUAUGAGCAAAAGUUCUCUCAGAGUUACUGCUGAAUUAAAUAUCAGAGAGUCUACAUGAAAGAGGCGCAUACCUGUUUUCCUCACUUCCCGAGUCUAAAGAGCUCUUGCCUUAUUUUAUAAGUGUGAGCAACUUAAGCUGUGUCCCUUCCACCUCAAACCUUCCCCUUUAGAGAAUGGGGCAGAUAGGGCGCAUCAUCGUGGCAUAGUGAUCAGAAACCUAGUGGAUUACCUAGAAUGACACCAGCCUUCAAAACUUGAGAGGCAAAUCACCAAUUAAGUGCUGGGCACAGGACCAUUCACACUUUUUUGGGAGGGAGUUUGCACUAAACCAUUUUUUCUCAUGCCAGAGAGCCUUUCUUUCCAACGUGGGGAUGGAAGAUUAGUAGGAAUAAAAUUCCAAUGAUUCCACUAGUUGGAAUCAGUGUAGUGAGCACAAAGGGCAGUGGAAAGAAUGUUUUGGGUCCUGCUAUUUGCUAGGAAGGGGAGUAGAGGCUGUAUUUUGAAGUCACUGUCCCCAGUCCAGAUUUAAGAUUUGACAAGGAACAUGCUGUUGUGUUUUAUGAUUUCAUUAAUUAAGGAAACUUGGUGUUGAGGGGUUUAUUCUUUUAUUGAAGAGGGGAAAAUGACCCCAAAAAGGAUUUCUGUGAUGACUGUAUCCUGUAGGGCUUUUGGAGCAACAUGAUGUUUCCAGGAGCAGUCUGGCAGUACUGUAGGCAGAGCCUCCUGUGUUCCCUGUACUGACUGGGAAAUCCAACUGAGCAGUGAAUAACCUGGGGGUGCAGGUCAGAAGCAUUUAGCAGUGGCUUCUGAUUGCUGCCCUGUCUUCCUCUUCCACUCCUGUGAUGACAAGUGAUUCACUCUAACUUCUAGUUAUUAAGGAUGCUUUCAAGGAGCCCACUCAGCCAGCCUCUCCUGCCCUCUGUUACCUCUUGGCCCCGGCAGCCGGACCUCUCCUAACUCCACUUCUGACUUCCACAGCCAAGGAUUAAUGCAGGUAAAGAGCAGAGCCCAGAGAAGGAAGGCUGUGGCCUAAACCUGGUGACGGGGCUCCUUGCAGGGUUAGAAUGGCACUCCCUAAAUUUUCCUAAUCUGAGGGAUGACCUUCCAUUGUUUUCCCAACCCUGCUCAUCCUGUAGCAUAAAUGAAGUGCACUAUUAAACAGAAUAGUUUUUCAGAA